CUUAAUAAAUACUAUUUCGUUCGACUUAAUUUUUUUAAUAAUGAUUAAAAUUAAAGAUAGUUUUUAAAAGUUGUAACGUACAACUGAUUCAAAUGUAACAAUGAAAACACCAGUUGUUUAUGUGUGGAGUGCAUCUGAUCAAGAAAAGUAUCAAAAAUAUGAAGAAGCUGCUCGCUGGUUAAUGGCACCAUUAAUAUUGCUAGGACUGCUGAUAUUCAUAGUGUCCCUUUGGGCGUUCAUUGAGUUUCGGGACUGCUCUUGGAAAAUUGCUCCACCAACUGCGUCUUAUCCUGUUCUUAUAAUUUUUUUCAUAAUAUCGAUUAUAAUAUUACUUUUAAGUGCUUAUGGACUGGUCAUUUUCAACAGAGAAGAUUUGAAACAUAUGAGCCUAUUCAUUAGAUUCUGUACACUAUUCUCGGUGCUUUCUGUGAUUCUUAUGAUCAUCCUAUGGAUUUGCACAGUUUAUAUGCAGAGUGGAAAAUUUACCAUUGACAGCAUGCAACUAUCCUACAUAUGCUUGAAAGAGACGUCCGAAUGUUGGGACAACAUCCAAGAAAUACAUGGCUGCUGUGGAUGGAACUCUCCAAAAGAUUGGAAAAUUAUUCCUCAUAGCUGCUGUGACUAUUAUAUAAACUACGGCAAGGAAAUCUGUGAAAAGAGUAAGAAUCUUGAAGGAAUCCCGGUUGAAGCCGCGUAUCAAGAAGGCUGCAAAAAUCAUUUAUAUUCUCGUUCGCUCAUCUACAUCCUUUUGACAUCGAUCAGCUGGGUCCUCUGUAUCCUAUUAUUUCUUGUGGUUAUCUUCCUUGCGAUCCAUCUACUGAGGGGGCUCAAGAUAAAAGAGAAGCUCGAGCCAAUAAUAGGCUAACCAGAAAAUAAAUAUCUAAGUAGUAAUAUUUGAGUAAUUU